AGCAAGAGGAAGAGGGAAGGGAGGGAGAAGAAAAGAGGGAGAGGAGAAGAGAAGAGAGAGGGAAAAGAGGAGGGCGGAAAAGGUGAGAGAGGCUGAGAGAAGGCUAAGCAGAGGAUGGGAUAAGGCAACGGAGCGAGGGAGAAAGAAAAAAGAUGGGAGAAGAGGAAGUGGCAAGAGGAGGGAGGAUGAAUGCAGGAAGAAAGGAGAAAAGAAAAAAGCUGGCAGGGAGGAGAAAGAAGAGGAAAAGCGCCCAGCUCCAGCUCGCUCUCUGCGGGGCCAGCCGAGAGAAGCCGGAGAAGCGCUGAUCCUCCGGCUCCUACCAAGUCCCAGCACUCACUGGCUCCGCUCCUCACCCCUAACAACUUGACACUGAGCAGCGGUGGCGGCGGCGGCGGCGGCAGCGCCUGUGCUGAGCCAGCGGCAGUGAGCAAAGCAACAGUUUCCAGGGGAGGAGACCUGCCCGGGACAGGGACCCGCGGUAAAGCGACUGGAGCCGCACUCCGGCCGGUGAUCUGGGAAGCGGUCCCGCAGUCUUGGAACGCUCCGGGGACUGGGAUUUUCAUUGCUGACCCAUUCAAGUGAUGUUAAGUUACCACCAUGACCCUCUUGCCUGGAGAAAACUCAGAUUAUGACUACAGCGCCCUGAGCUGCACUUCCGAUGCCUCCUUCAGUCAUCAGCAUGCGUUCUUUCCUCGGUCUGAGUCCCUCAAGGGCGUGUUUUACCGCAGGGCCAAGAGACUUCACCCCAAAGACAACGCCCCCCAAAGCGGUCAGCCUGAAGACCGAAAGAGGCAGAUCAUCAUUAACGUGGGGGGGAUCAAGUACCUGCUGCCAUGGACCACACUGGACGAGUUUCCGCUGACCCGCUUGGGCCAACUCAAGUCCUGCACCAACUUCGACGACAUCCUCAACGUCUGUGACGACUACGAUGUGACCUGCAACGAGUUCUUCUUCGACCGCAACCCUGGGGCCUUCAGGACGAUCCUGACUUUCCUCCGGGUGGGGAAGCUCCGGCUGCUCAGAGAGAUGUGCGCGCUGUCUUUCCAGGAGGAGCUCCUGUACUGGGGCAUCGAGGAGGACAACCUGGACUGGUGCUGCCGACGGCGCUACCUGCAGAAGAUCGAGGAGUUCGCCGAGAUGAACGAAAGGGAGGAUGACCUGCUGGAGAGCGAGAGCCCCGGGGAGAUGGCCGAGGAGAGCCGGCUGGGCCAGUGCAUGAAGAGGCUGCAGGACAUGGUGGAGAGGCCUCACUCAGGGCUGCCAGGGAAGGUGUUCGCCUGCCUCUCUGUGCUGUUUGUAACCAUCACUGCGGUGAAUCUGUCUAUCAGCACCAUGCCGAGCUUGAGAGAAGAGGAAGAACAAGGUGAAUGCUCCCAGAUGUGCUACAACAUCUUCAUUGUGGAGUCAGUGUGUGUGGGCUGGUUCUCCCUCGAGUUCCUACUGAGGUUCAUCCAGGCACCCAGCAAGUUUGCCUUCCUCCGGAGCCCCUUGACUCUGAUCGACAUAAUCGCCAUCCUCCCCUAUUACAUUACACUGGUGGUGGAUAGCACAUCUGUGGGUCAAAAGAAGCCUAGCUCUGGCAACAGCUACCUGGACAAGGUGGGCCUGGUGCUCCGUAUCCUGCGGGCCUUGAGGAUCUUGUAUGUCAUGAGGCUGGCGAGACACUCCCUGGGCCUGCAGACGCUUGGGCUCACGGCCCGAAGGUGUACCCGGGAAUUUGGGCUCUUGCUGCUGUUCCUUUGCGUGGCCAUUGCCCUCUUUGCCCCAUUACUCUAUGUCAUUGAGAAUGAGAUGGCUGAUAGCCAAGAAUUCAGCAGCAUUCCAGCCUGCUACUGGUGGGCUGUCAUCACUAUGACCACAGUGGGGUAUGGUGACAUGGUACCCAGGAGCACUCCUGGCCAGGUGGUAGCCCUGAGCAGCAUACUCAGUGGCAUCCUCCUUAUGGCAUUCCCUGUGACCUCCAUCUUCCACACAUUCUCCCGCUCCUACCUGGAGCUGAAGCAGGAACAGGAGAGGGUCAUGUACAGGAGGGCACAAUUCCUAAUCAAAACCAAGUCACAGCUGAGUAACAUGUCACAGAACAGCAAUGUUUUAUUUGGCAGCACCUCCUCAGACACUAGAGACAACAACUGAAAUGAGACAACUCUGAACACCCACUGGUGUGACACUUAAGUGGCCUUGGCAGUAAGGUCUCCCCAAAGACCACCCGGAUGUCUGUGACAACUGAACAGUGGGCACUGCCCCUACAGAGACAAGAGAGAAAAGAGCAUUACAUGUGGAGGUUGGGUCAUUCCCAUAAUACAUAGCCAUGGAUGGUCCCCAUAUUUUGCCACACUUAAUAGGUUCAUGUCCAUCAAUAAAGAAAUGAAUUUUCUUCCUCUUUUUUAGCCCACGUAAAAGUAAUUUGCCUAUAGAAACCAAUGUCCCUGUGGAU